AUGAAUCCUUCGGAAUGGUUCAGUGAAGUCUCAGACGAAUUAUGGCCCGGCCAGUGCUUCUCGCUGAAGGUGAAAAACGUGCUGCACGAGGAACGCUCUAAGUAUCAGCAUAUCAAGAUCGUCCAGAGCGAGUCCCAUGGCGUAGUGCUGAUUUUAGACGGCAUCAUACAAUGUACGGAACGGGACGAGUUCGCUUAUCAGGAGAUGAUCUCCUUCUUGCCGCUUUGCUGCCACCCGAACCCGCAACGGGUGCUUAUCGUCGGCGGAGGCGACGGUGGAGUGGCCCGGGAGGUUGUUAAGCAUCCCUCGGUGCUCGAGGUGCACCAGGUUGAAAUCGACGAGCGAGUGGUGGAACUGUCCAAGCAAUAUCUCCCCUUCAUGGCUUGUGGGUUUGAAUCACCGAAACUGCGGCUAACGAUCGGCGAUGGAUUCGAGUAUAUGAAGCAACACGAGGGCGCGUUCGACGUCAUCAUCACCGACAGCAGUGAUCCGAUCGGGCCGGCAGAGUCCUUGUUCCGCGAGUCCUACUUCGAGCUGGUAAAACGCGCCCUCAAACCGAACGGUAUCAUCUGCUCGCAGGGUGGCAGCUUCUGGCUCGACGCGAAGCAUGUCCGUGACACGCUAGAUUACUGUCGAAAGCAUUUUCCACGCGUCACCUACGGCCUGGCGGCAGUGCCAUCCUAUCCGACCGGUCAGAUUGGGUUCUUCAUCGCCAGCCUCAAUCCGGAAACCAACUUCAGGGAACCCUCGUGCAAGUUCGAGGACGCUGACAUCGAUAAGAUGGGCCUGCGGUACUACACAUCGGACGUCCACCGAACGGCUUUUACGUUACCAAGGUUUGCGAUGAAGGCGCUAUAUCCGUAG